GCCUUGACGUCCGCUGCCUCAGGCAUGCUCUUCCCUCGCGCCGAUGCCUCCACCAACGACACGACACCUUCCAGCCCCAAUGUUGUCGCAGCACACUACGACGGAUCCUGUUUCUACCCUGUGCCCGAUCCCACGUUCAAUCUCAACAAGUACCUCGGGACGUGGUACCAGGUUGCCGGCACGCCAUUCGGACCUACCGCGGGCGCGCGCUGCGUAACGGCCAACUACAAACUCAAUGACAACGGUACAGUCCGUGUUCUGAACAGCGCUGCAGCGGGUCCUUCAACCUUUAGUAUCACUGGCACAGCCACACCCGUGGAUCCUGCAUACGGCCUCGCAGGAGCUUUCAAAGUCGAGUUUCCCAACACGCUUUCGCAGGACGGCGAUUGUCGCGGCCCCAACUACAUUGUCCAAGACUACGCUGUUGAUUGGGCGAUUGUGCAGACGCAGAAAUGGAAUACGCUGUAUAUUCUAAGCCGUGUGCGCCAGCCAUCCGAGGAGGGCAUUCAGGCGUGGAUUGAUAGGGCUGUGGCGUUUGGAUCAAAUAGAGAGGCUAUUAUUAGGUUUAAUCAGACGGGGUGUGAGGGCAUGAAUGCGCAGAUGUAGGGAGGUGGUAGGAAUGGCGAUGGUAACUAUAUCGUAUAGGAAGAAAGAAUAGUAUGCAAAAUG